UUGAGUUAUGUCUGACAGAGGAGGUGUCACAGUGUCUCCAGUUGCCUUAAAGCUCGAUGAAACUGAAGAAAGUCAACACGAAGCUAAAAAGCUCCCACAAGGUGCAGCCCCAGACCUGUCCAGUGAUGCACAUUUCAGCAUGGGCAAGAGCUGAAGGUCAUUUGACCCAAAUAUAGCUGUGUGGUACAAAACACCUUCAUUGUCCUGGACAGCACAAGGUCUCUAGAAAAAGCUGGACUGCCAAUGAACUCUCCAGUUCAUGUGUCCUACAGCCCUCUGAAAGGACUGCUGUGAGGACCUAGCAGGGAUACCAUCACUGUGUCUGCCUGGGAGGACUCCUGAAAACCAGCACCUGAAGCUGCAUCACAGGCUCCCUGAGGCAGAGACACCACCAAAGUCUGGCAAGGGGCAGAGGAUGUCUGAAACAACGAGCACCAACGAGGAGAAUAAACUUCCUUUGAAUGGGAGAAGAGCCAUCCCACCAAACUACUCCAAUGAUGAAGAAAAUGAGGUUCCUGAGAUGGAAGCUUUUGGAGUGAUACCCAGAGGAUUUAAUCCCAGAGAUUACCUGCGUGUUGUGGAUAUUUAUAUGUUCAAGGAGCCUCAGGAGAUCAACAAGCAGGAGCACCACACUGACAAGUACUACAACCCCAAGCUGAUUGUGCGUCGGGGACAGGCUUUCCAAAUCCAGAUUGACUUCAACCGACCCUACCAGCCACAGUCAGACCAAUUCUGGCUGGAGUUUUUGAUGGGUCGCUACCCACAGCAAAACAAAGGCACCUACAUCCCAAUCCCAGUAGGCGGUGCACUAAAACCUGGUCAGUGGGGAGCGAAGGUUAUCCACAGGGAAAACAACUCCAUUCGGCUGUCCAUCAUGUCCUCUGCCACCUGCAUCAUCGGCAAGUUUCGCUUGUAUGUUGCUGUCUUGACUCCCUAUGGCAUCCUUCGGACACGCAGGAAUUCAGCGACCGACACCUACAUCUUGUUCAAUCCCUGGUGCCAGCUGGAUGCUGUGUACCUGGAUGAUGAGAAAGAAAGGGAAGAAUAUGUCCUGAAUGAUGUUGGUAUUGUAUUCCAUGGAAACGCUGAAGAUAUAAAAUCAAGAAGCUGGAGUUACGGGCAGUUUGAAGAAAACGUUCUGGAUGCUUGCCUGUUCCUGAUGGACAAGGCAGAACUGGAGCUCUCUGGUCGUGGAAACCCAAUCAAAAUCUGCCGUGUUGCCUCAGCAGUGAUUAACUCCAGGGAUGAUGAUGGUGUGAUUGCUGGAUCCUGGAACAAUUCGUAUGAUUAUGGUGUUGCACCUUCAGCCUGGACAGGAAGUGUGGACAUUCUCUUGGAGUACUACAGUUCUAAGCAACCUGUCCGAUAUGGCCAGUGCUGGGUUUUUGCUGGUGUCUUCAACACAUUUCUGAGAUGCUUGGGGAUACCUGCAAGACUCAUUACCAACUAUUCUUCUGCCCAUGAUAACAAUGCCAAUUUACGGAUGGACUUCUUUCUGGAUGAUGACGGAAAAGUGGACACCAGACUUACAAAAGAUUCUGUGUGGAAUUAUCAUUGCUGGAACGAAGCUUGGAUGACCAGACCUGACCUUCCUGUUGGCUUUGGAGGAUGGCAGGUUGUUGAUGGGACACCUCAAGAAACCAGUGAUGGUAUGUACAGGUGUGGUCCAGCCUCAGUUCAAGCCAUUAAACAUGGUCACGUUUGCUUCCAAUUUGAUGCUCCUUUUGUCUAUGCUGAGGUGAAUAGUGACAUUUUCUACACAAGAAUGGAGAAAAAUGGAACCCAAGUGGUAGAAAACAUUGACACAAGCCGUAUUGGGCAGUUGAUUGUGACCAAGGAAGUUGGAGGUGAUGGAAUGAUGGACAUUACUGAGGAGUACAAGUUCCGAGAAGGCUCAGAUGAGGAGAGGCUGGCUCUUGAGACUGCUGUGAUGUAUGGUGUUAAAAAGCAAAGUAUCCAAGACACCACAUACCAGCCACAGACAGAUGUUGACAUGGACUUCCAAGCGCAAAAGGCAGUCCUUGGCAACGACUUCAAAGUCACUAUAACUUUCAGGAACAAGAGUCGCAACACCUACACUGCAACUACCUACUUUUCGGGCAACAUAGUGUUUUAUACAGGAGUCCCAAAAAGUGAAUUCAAGAAACACUCUUUCAGUGCAAAACUGGAACCCUCUUCAUCCAGCUCUUUUGACGUUGUGAUCAAAUCGAGCGAGUACAUGCGCGACUUGCUGGAGCAAGCCUCCUUUCAUUUCUUUGUGACUGCGCGGAUCAAUGAGACGGGGAAGAUUCUGGCCGUGCAGAAGGCGGUAAUGCUGGAAAUUCCCACCCUGCGGAUCAAGACCAAAGGUGAACUAGUAGCUGGUAAAGAAAUGUCUGUGAUUGUGGAAUUCACCAAUCCUCUGAAACAAACCCUGGAGAACGUCACACUCCGCCUCGAGGGACCUGGCAUGCUGAGAACAAUAAAAAAGCAGUUCGGGAGAAUCCCGAUGAACUCUACAUUGACCUGGGAGGUAAAAUUUACCCCAAUGCGAGCAGGUUUACGGAAGCUGAUUGCAAGCCUGAAUUCUGAUGCUUUGAGGCAUGUGUAUGGUGAGCUGAAUGUCCAGAUUCAGAAACCAUGAACCAAGGUGCUGCCUUCUUCUAUCAUUUAGCUAUAUUUAAAAAUAUCAUGGUAAGAGGUGGCUGAUGGAGAGUUAUAAAUCUGCUUAUUGUUAUUUUGGUCAUCCUUCUGCUGAAAAAAAUUGAUAAAGCAAACUAAUUGGUAUGACUGAGGAGAGUAUAAAAGAGCACCUGGAUGCUGAAUGAUUUAAAAUUAGCUAUAUGUAAUUAAAGGCAAUUCUAGGUCAUAUUAUUUCUGUAGCUCACUUGUAUUUAUGGUCUUUUGCAUUAGUGCUGCAAGGGAAUUUGAAAAGCUCCAUUCGCCAGAGUAAUCUGAACUUUAGUUUUAAUUAAGGCCUGGUAUUUCACUGAAAAGGGAAAGAAAAAAAUAAAGAACCCAGUGUUAUAAAUUCUUAGACUGAAUUACACAAUGUUAUGGUAGAUCAUUCGGGCUGCAAUAGGAACAGGUAUUUCUAGCUUAAAGGGUCUGCUUUAUCCUACAAAUUAAUAAUGUUCUGGUUAGUGGAGAGCUCACUUUGCUGGAAGCAUCUCUCCAGAUGUUUUAUCUCCAGAAUAUUCUCAGCCUCUUGUUUUGUCUUGCAACUUCCCUGUGCUUUUUUUCCUACUCUCUCAUGUGUGCAGGCACUCACACAGACUCACUUCAUACCCUCAUCAGACCCUGUAUUUAGUUGGUGUGCUGUUCCUCUACUUUGCUGGGUGAAAAUCCAGAGUUUUUCUGCCUCUGCUCAGAGUUUAUCACACAAAACCUGCACUUUCUGGUCAUAUCUCUUGCGUAAGACAUGUUUCUCUGCCUUUUUUUCUCUUCUGAACCCAGCCUGUACACCCUUCUCCCACAUGAGUGUGUCAGGAGUGUUUGCUGUCCCAGAGCAGUCCAGGCUGGCAAAUGGGGUGAAGGAAAGAGGAGUGGAGCAGGGAGCCUGAGGCUCUUCUCCUGCCAGUGCCACAGCCUAGCCAGUGUCCUGCACUGGAGCUGGGGGUGACUUUAAACUACAAAUAUGGGUAUGAAUUUAGAUUAAACAGUGCCUGAAAGUUCCCAAGAAUCAUAGCUAAAGCAGAAUGAAGACCUGUUACAUGAGUAACCCCAGGAAUACAGAGGGACAGAAUCUCAUCUGGGAAAGGAAUAAAGAUGUAUCCUGAGAGUCAGAAAAUUACACAAGCCCCAGCGACUCCUCCCCUCUGGCCACAGUAUGUAUGUAGGAGCUGAUCAGGUAUUAACAGCACAGGGGAGCUGGCUGAGUUUCUAAAGUUAAAAGGAACACAUUUCUCAUUAAACCCUGGGGCUUUACUGGAUGGCCAUGCCAUUUGUGGUCUCAGUGAAAAGCAAGGGAGACGCCUUCCUUCCCUUCUGCUCCUCUUGUCGCUGCACAUUGCCCAUGGUACUUCUGCAAGACCUGUAACCAGCUGUGAAAGUCUUGAGGGAAGAGAAAUGCAGCUCUUUUUACUAAAGUGUGGGAACAAAGCAAAAAUUCAUACCACCUGAUAUAGUCUGGGACUACCCCAGAAUCCAGGAAAACCAGAUUUUUGGGGGCUUUCGCUUCAGGAAUGGACACACCUUCAUUUUAUACAGCCUAUGUGACCACAUCAGAAACUUUGCCAUGUCAAAGUCUUGUGGGGUAGAAGAGACUGAACAAUAUAUUGUCAGUGCAAGGUGACAAUCUCUGCUAGAUAAUUAAGCAGUCUUACCAAGCUCUACAUCUUCUAAUAAAAUAAUCCAUUUUGUGCUCUUGCAUAUAAACCUGCUUUCUAUUCCAGGCAUUUUAUAAAUACAGUGUAAUAAGAAUUCAAAAUAAAGUGUGUCUGAUU